AUGGAUUCAACGAAAGACCAGAAGAAGAAUGUGGAGCGACUUGCACGUGUGCGUGAGAACCAACGCAAGAGUCGAGCUCGGAAACAGGAGUACGUGAAUGAGUUAGAGCAGCGCCUAGCGGUUGAAGCCGAAAAUCGGCAUUUGAAAGCCCUUCUGGGAUCACUGGGAGUCUCGAGUGCUUCUGUCCAGCAGUAUCUGCAGGAAGCGGAUACGGGAGCAAACACCAACCGGAAGGUUGCUAUCCCUGCCAUUCAGCGAGUAGAGGGAGAAAAUGCUCUGUCUCAACCACGCUGGGAUACUCGCAGAUCAAACUUGUCGAUGGCAGUACCUCGCGUCUACAAAAAAGAAUCAGAGACAACCGAUCUACCAAUGGCGGUCAAUAGUACAUGUGCCUCGACAGUGGUGCAACCAACAGAUCCGCCGUCAAAGCAAACCCAACAAGAAGAAGACCCGGCUUUGUGUGGAUGCCGAUCUGAUAGAUAUGAUCCGGAAAUGGUAUCUGAUGAAGAUGUGCUCAAUUCGACGCUGUGUGCCAUUGCAGAAGAAAUGAUCAACCAAUACAACACCAAAGGAAUUGAUGUGGAUGAGAUUCGUCGGAAAAUUUGGUCUGGGUUCCGAGCAGGUGCGAAUGGCACAGGCUGCAGAGUUCAAAAUCACAUUCUGUUUCAAGUGCUAGACGAUAUCAGCAGUGAUGUUUGA